CGUUUGUCUCCGCGAAACGCGACCUCCUGCAUUCAAGACGACCAUUAUCUGCCACCAACGACCAUUGUCUGUGAAGAGGCACAGGCCUCACAUUCCUUUCUACCACGCUGCUACAACUGCCAAGUCAGCGGCCUCUACACCAUGGCAAGCAGCAUGCCUAUCCCGAUUCCUCCUCGCACUCCCACCCCUCCGCCUGAAGAGCCACCCUCUCCUCAUUCCCACCCUGUCCCAGAUCCAGAGACACCCUUCGACAACAAUAGUCUGUCGCCUUUGCAUGCGGAGCGAGAAAACAUGACCUCCUUAGGCGGAGCUCUAUCUUCUCCCGUCAGUCCUCUAAAACAAAGCACCAAUGGAUCCGGUGUCUUCAACUUCCAGCCAGCGGCCAUGGCCAAGUCGCCCGUCAUCAAGUCCAACAUUGGGCAAAGACGUGGUCACAAAUACAAACACAGCAGCGUCUCACACCAGAUCUUCCUCGAGCCUCCUCAACGGGCUCCCUUAGCGCUACCAAACUCCCUUCCAAUCCCUACUUUUGCGGAGUGUCGAGCAAGCAUGACCAAAGAUCAAAAGAUUCGUUUCUAUUGGAGCAUUUGUCACAUGGCGGUUGCAGGCUACACGGCGUGGAACUCUCACGGUUCGGCAGCAAUGGAGGCUUUGUCACAUCUGAUCUUCUACGACUCCUUGGGCGCGCUGUUGUGUGUCUUUGUGGAGAUUUUCUCGAAUUUUGAGGUCUGGGGAAGGUCGAGCGUCAGACAUCCAUUCGGGUUGCAGCGCAUGGAAGUCAUUGCCGGAUUUGCCUUGUCCGUCCUGUUGAUCUUCUUUGGGUUCGAUUUGAUAUCGCACAAUGCGAAGCAUGCCCUGGAGGGUAUCGGCCAUGAACCACACCACCCACACAGCCACCAGCGUAUCACAACGGGCACAAUUGACUUGACCGCCCUGCUCGCUCUGGUCUCUACCUUGAUAUCAGCUGUUGGGUUGCAGAAUCACGCUCGCAUUGGCAAGGCGAUGAGGUUUGCCGCUAUGGAGAACUUGCCAUCCCUGUUGAGCAAUCCGUCCCAUUUUCUCACGCUAUCCUGUUCUGCUACCAUGCUCAUGCUUCCUCUGCUGUCCUUGCACACGUACGAAUGGGUGGAUAAGAUCCUCUCCCUGAGCAUUGCGCUGAGCAUGCUUUUUCUCGGUGUACAUCUGGGACGAAAUGUGGGAGCCAUGUUGCUCAUGUCCCUUCCUUCGAAGUCGGCCGACGUUGCAGAAGUUGUUAAGGCCAUCGAAGCUCAACCACUGGUCCACAGUGUGGAGCAAGCCAAAUUCUGGCAGGCACAUUACGGGAUGGGUAUGGCAAAUCUACGUUUGAGGGUCGUUGGAACAGAGGAGAAUCUGGUGAGGCUGAGGGAAACCAUUACAAGCAUCAUCCGAAAUAGGCUGAGUGGAGGAUAUGGGUCAGGGAGUAGUGGUCAGAAGUGGGAGGUCAGUGUUCAAUUCAACGUGGACACGGACAGUGCCAUCUCUCAGAGUCAUGCUCAUUUCUCGCCCGGGCCGGGAUGGACAUCGGGAUUCGACUGAAACGAGGCCGAGUUCCCUGAUUCUAUAAAGCUGUAAUGAUUGAUGACUGUACAAUACAAGACGAGAAGGCUCUGAUGAUACAUGCAG